UGUUCUGCCAGGUGUGUGUAACAUAUGGGUCAUAAACUCAAAUGUAGUUAAUAUUGGCUCAUCCUUUCCUCUAGCUAGCAGUUAAACUGAAGCUAACUGUAGCCUAGCUGCUGCGCUGUCCGUGUGUGGGCUGAGGUCUUUUAACUCAACAGUUUAAUCCCUGUUUCCUCGUGCUGCAGAACAGAACCAUGGACUUCGACUUCUUGGACUCCUGCAACAUGUGGUGGGGAACCCUGGGAACGAUACGACCUUACCCCAACUUCAACCCGAAGCGGGACGUCCUGGCUCUGCGGACGGCGCUGGAGAAGAAAGACGCAGCCGGCCUGGUGCGAAUCCUGACCAAUCGGACCAACUCCCAGAGACAAGACAUUGCCAAGACCUUCGAGGAGCAAACGCAGAAGCAACUGGCGCCCGGGUUGAGGAAAGCUCUGGGUGGAGACCUGGCCACGCUGCUGAUGGAGCUGCUGAUCCCGCCUGUGGAGUACGACGCGUACCGCCUGCAGCACGCCAUAGUGGGUCUGGGCACAGACGAGGAGACGCUGCUGGAGGUCCUGUGCACGCGGUCUGGGAAGCGGCUUGCAGAAAUCAGCGCUGUAUAUAAAGAGUUGUACAAGAAGGACCUGGAGAAGGACCUGAAGGGAGAAACCAGUGGAGACUUUGCUAAGCUUGUCGUGGCUCUGCUCCAUAAAGCUGAGGUUCCCGGCGUGGUUCAAAGAGAUGUAGAGUCCCUCUUUGCAUCAGUCAGCGGCAAAAAAGUUGAUGCAGCCCCGUGGAUUGAAAUACUGACCUCCAGAGACGUGAAUCAUCUCAACAAAGUGUUCAUGGACCUGGAGCUGAGGACGGGGCAGAACGUGCAUCAGACUGUGGAGAAGAGAUUCACGGGAGACUUUCGACUGGGCCUGAAGACUUUAGUGCAGUGCAUCCGUUGCCCUGAGGACCACUUGGCCAAACGCCUCACUUCCACAAAGUCGCACAUCGUGCAGGGCGUCAUGGUGUCUCACUCGGAGGAGGACCUGCUGUGUGUUCGAGCGGCCUACCUGAAGUUGACCGGCCUGUCUCUCUACGCUGCUCUGCAGAAACAGUUCAAGGGGGAUUAUCUACAGGCCCUGCUGGCAAUCUGUCGAUCAGAAGAUUAGGCAAAAGGCGUUUGGUGAAUUUGUCCUGGAUUUUAAUAAAUGAGUACAAACACAAGUCAUGUUCUGUUACAGCUUUUUCUAUUAAUGCAUACAGCUGAUUAAAGCAUUGAUAUUAGAUAACCGAAUGCACUUACUGUAGAUUCAUGGCUUUUCAUCAUGAUGUCUCUACAAUCAUUAUUUAUUUCUUAAGCACUGCUAAUAAAAAGAACAAUGACAUCCUUUCUCAUAA